UCCUCAUAUUUCUUUCUUCCCUGUCGCGUCGCUGGUUCCUUUCUUCAUACCUACUACUAUGGCUAAUACUAAUUGUUAAUCUUUAAUUACCUUCUUUUCUUUUUCGAGUUUUUGCUUCUGCGUGGUCUAAUUUCCCCACGCUUGUCUGAUUCGCGGAGAGAGUGCAUCUGCCUUGUCUCAGAUCUCAUCUGCGACUGACUGCAUCUCUCAUUCUCCUCCCCCAGCAACAAAUUCUCUUGCAGGACGGAGUCCGCACUUCGCUCUUUUUCCAUCCCUUCAUUUCCCAACUCUAUCCCGCAUACUGCUCAAGCAGGUGAAAGGGCAACCAAACUUGCGCAACCACCCCUCCCUCGGUUGCAGAUGGCUUGGGUCUGAACGGAAUCGUUCCUGUCGUGUACCAAAUAUCGAUUACCGCAAUCGACCCAGACAGACAGCCAGCCAGCCAGCCAGCCAGCGAAGCAGACAUAAAGCAUGAUGGUCAGCUCGUCUUCCGGGGAGGACACCGGUCAUCCUUCUCGUCAGCAUCUGCCGCCGAUUCCUCCGUCGCCGACGUUAUCCAACCCCGACAUGAUCCUACCGUUCGACCCCAACGAGCGCGAAUCUUCCACCCCAUCGCCUCCCUUCAACCUGCCUUCCUUAUCCAACCUGCAGGCGUUCUACGCAAGGCGUCCCGCCCUCGAUGACAACACUGACCAGACCCAGGGAGUCGCGCAACCGGGCAUCGCUCUGUCCUAUGGCAGUCGCCCUCAGAAAAAAGUAAUUCCGCGGCAUACAUGGCUGCACGAGGGUCAUGAUGCUCGUCGCUUAUCGGAUAUUGGAGAGGAGGAUUCUUCGUCGUCGUCGUAUGCGCACUUUCCUGGUUUCUCGGGUGCAUCUCGGAUUGUGUCGCAAACAAGUCGGCUGGGGGUUUCUCCCGUUACGCAACGCGAGAUAAGUGAUUUGGAUACUCGGGACUCGGGGGCGUGGAGCGGCUCGUCCAGCUCGACGGCUAGUGGUGCUAGUGAUACGUCGUGGGAUGGGACGAAAGACCACCAGGACAGUUGUGGCGCCAAGGAGCAUCUGCACCAGGUGAAGGAAGAUACUACAGAAGCUGGCCACGACAAUGAACAUAUCCCGAGCUUGAUGCCGAGUGCACAAGAGGAGGGAUCUGGAGUGGAGCUUUCGUCGGCCGUUCUGAGUACGGAAGCGGAGAGAAUCCUCGAGAACGCCAAGAAACGUCUGACGCUUAUGGAAGGGAACCUGAAUCGCGCUCGCACGUCGGUGCGAGUAUCUCCAUCACUUCCCACCUCGCCAACGCCGCCUGUAGGGCAAUCGCCGCUGGGAUUGGGCCAACCCGUCGGCGGCUUGUACCAGUCGAUUUCUCGCGCGGACCGUCGAGUCUCGAAUCACCGUCCGCGUACGACGUACACUUCGGCCCAAGAUGGGACGAACAAUCGUCAUUCGCGCGUAUACAGCGAGACCAAGUUGCCCUCGUCGGCGCAGUCAAGCCUUUCCGCAGCCGACUCCAGUCUGUCGCGGUCCCUUAGCGCCUUAGGCUCAACCAGUGCGUCAAAGUAUCGGAGUGAUGAGCGGACUUUCCGCUACGACCCCACGCGGUCGUAUCUGACCCAUCGGGCCUCUAUCUCGUCCAUGCAGAGGCCCGCCGCCCGAUCUCCUCCGAUAAUGAAGGAGCGAGCCUCUUCUGAGUCACCAACGGGCUUAGGCAUAUCCACCGAAGAUGCUGAGAAUCACAACUCGAACAGGGAGGGGUUCAACGAGACCUAUCCCGCGCAUGAUCCGCCGUCUCGUUCCCAGUCGCAAAUGCAGGUGCGCGAUUUGCACAAUCAGAUGAAGGGUCUUCAUAUCAAGAUCUCUAGUCUGAAGGUCAGAACCCAGGAGGAUAAUCUGCGCCGUCGUAGUAUGCAGAGCCUGCGGACUCCGAGCCCCCUGAAUGCGGCUGAUCAAUGGUACCCUAGUGCUUUGGAUCUGAAAACUCGCCAGAGCAGCCCCAAGCCCAAUGUUGCACAGGGUCAGCCACCGGAUCACUUCGCGGAGAGCCGCUUCAGCGGGGGAUCUAGCCCGGCUAGACAUGUCUCCGAUGCAAAGCAGCGGCAGGCCGAGCCACGCGAGCAAGUUGUAGGGGAUUCAAUUCCAAAACGGCUUGAAGCUCCGCAAGAAGAGAAUUACGAGUCUGAUGAUGCUCAAUCGGUAAACGAGAGUCUGUAUGAGGACGCGCAAGAGGGCGACUAUGACGAGAGCGGCUUUUUGACUUCUGACAACGACUACGAGUCCUUGAAUGAUGAUUUGGACGAUACUCUGGAGGCUUUUCCUCCUGUGCCUCAGAGCGUCCAGGAUACUCCCCAUGAGGAGCGCGAAGAUGCUUUUGACUAUGAGCACUUUAUUCUGCAUAGCGCUUUGGGCAAUUACUCCCACGCUCGGCUGCGCCGGGAGAGCAAUGUGUCGACAAGCUCAGUGGAAACCACACGUCCGACCGACCAUCGAUUGGUUCGUCACUCGCGGGCCAACAGCACAACAUCACUUUCCUCUGUCGGUACAUUCGAGACCGCCAUCGAGGGGCAUGAUGGCCUGGAGAGUGUCCUCUACUGGGAUCAAAAGUUUAAUGAUGAAUUGAACAAUCGCCAUCCGACUGGCGCCAACAGCUCCAACGGAGCUGAUUUGGAGAGCGAAAGAAGCCAAUCUCGCGCUGUUCGCCGACAGCCGAGUCGACUAGCGCGAACCGACGCGGCUGCAACCCCGACAUCCCUCGCCUCAUCUCUAGUGUCAAGCGUGCGCGCAGCAUCCAGCUCUCAGUCGAAUGCUGCAGUCAAUGGCAGCAUGGGACUAAAUGAUGACGACACGAGGCUCUUGGAACAGCUGUUUCAGAGCUUGGGGGAUGUUUGCACGGAGCUUCAGACCACUACCACCUCUGCGCACCCGGAUCCAAAACAGGUGCGAUUGUUGAGAAGACGAUUGGAAGCCGCUCGGCGAGUGCUUGAUGGUGAGCUGGACACCUGAAAGUGGUGUAAAAAAUUACAUAUGAAGUUUGAGAUUAUUUUCCAGGGGGGUUGGUGGACGUUCGUUCUUUUUUGCGUUCUGCGUUCUGCGUUCUGCUAUUGCAACAAUCCAGGCCCACGCCUAGGAUAUGAUACCCUGAACUUUGGAUUUAGCCAGUGCGUAUGUGGUUCUAGUAAUACAAGUCUAAUAACC